GGCCGGGCGCGGCGGCGGCGGGUGCGGCGGGGGCCGGUGCUGCGGGGGCUGCGCGCGCGCCAUGUCGGGGCGCUCGGUGCGGGCCGAGACCCGCAGCCGCGCCAAGGAUGACAUCAAGAAGGUGAUGGCGGCCAUCGAGCGCGUCCGCAGAUGGGAGAAGAAGUGGGUGACGGUGGGAGACACGUCCCUGCGGAUAUUCAAGUGGGUGCCGGUGGCCGACAGCAAGGAGAAAGAGAAAUCCAAAUCAAGCAGCAGCACUGCUCGAGAACCCAAUGGCUUCCCAGCUGACACUUCUGCCAACUCCUCCCUCCUCCUGGAGUUCCAAGGUGCUGUUUCUGCAGAUGAGAACAGCAACCAGAGCUCCCUGUCCGAUGUGUACCAGCUCAAGGUGGACAGCAGCCCCAACUCCAGCCCCAGUCCCCAGCAGAGCGAGUCCAUGAGUCCUGCCCACACGUCCGACUUCCGCACGGACGACUCGCAGCCCCCCACCCUGGGGCAGGAGACCCUGGAAGAGCCCUCCCUGCCUUCCUCAGAAGUGGCAGACGAGCCUCCCACUCUCACAAAGGAAGAGCCAGUCCCCCUUGAGACUCAGGUAACUGAAGAGGAGGAGGACUCCGGUGCGCCGCCUCUGAAGAGAUUUUGUGCCGACCAGAACUCUGUGUGCCACACGGCCUCGGAGAGCUGAGCCUGCCCGGCCCGGCACCCUCGCCAGCCCCUCGCAGAGCUGCCUGGCCCCCGGCACCGGCGCUUCCCCCCAGCCUGCCCCUUCCCCAGCGUCGGGGCUCCCACCACUCGCAUCCAGCCCGCCCUGCCCUGCCCUGCCCUGCCCGACGGAUGGGGCCACCGCCAGUACCUGCGAAUCUGCCUCUAUUUAUUGGCUCCCUCUCUCCCUGCUCCGUGCCCUCGAGCUGUGGGGCUCCGCUGGGUGGGCUGCACGCGUGGGGUGGGGGGUUCUCCAUGGGGCUCCCUGCUCUCCUGUGGUCCCUGGGGUCUGGCAGAUGCUGUUUGCCUGCUCGUGGCUGCCCUGCCUGCCCUUCCCUGGGCGCUGGGAACGGGAGAGCCGCUUCCCGCCUGCUCCAGGUGAUGUUUCCACUCUGUGGUGGGUGCAGGCGGUGCUGGGGGUGGGGGGUGGUAGGGGGAGGCCGGCAGGGACCCGCUGGGACGCUGUGCAAUAAGCUGCUGGUUUAAGCCAUUGGUGUUGGGAGAGAGGGGAGCGCUUUCCCCUCCCGGAGGGCAGGUACUGGCCGGCCUUGGCUCUGCCCCCCGGGAGCCGGCAGAGCAGGGGGAGCUGCUGCCCUGUGCCGGGGGUCCCUGCCCCUCUUACCCGCCGCCCCCGGCACGGGGAAGGACGCGCGGCAGGUGCCGGAGCCCCCGGGAAGCGCUCCCGGCCCGGGGCUCUGCUCCCCCCAAACCCCGCUGCCCCCCAGCCCCGCUCUCCCCCCGCCGCCACUGCAUGUCCCGCCCAGUCUGUGAUCCAGCCUGGCGAAGCCGAAGGCGCGGCCGCGCGUGGAAGUGGAAAGUUAUUUUAGCACUGAAUAGAAUAUUUUUAAAAUUAAACUAUUUGAAAUACA